AUGGAAUCCGCCUCUAUCAGAGACCAAAAGAUGGUCUGGAUCUUUUUUCUGGCGGCGCUUCUGCAUCCCUUAACAAUCCUCUCGAUAUAUCUGGUGUCCUUCCGAAAACCACGCUCCGGACUACAUAGAUCACGAAAUGUGAAAGCAAUACCACUGUCGUCUGCAUCACCAAAACUCCUUGAACUCCCAGCCGACCUACUUCACGUCAUCAUCGACCACCUCGACCUCGCGGCUGAGUUUCACCUCUCGCAGACCUGCCGGGCCCUACGACAGCUGACGCACAGAGACUGGAAGACCAUCAUCCCCUGUCUCCCGUACCGAGAGCAACUCCCUUUCUACAUCGGCCUCGCCUACACCAGGCCGGACCACUGGGCCUGCGAGCGCUGCUGCCGGCUGCACCGAAUUCCCAAUAUCUCUCUGGCGCCACGCUUUGGGCAGUCGCAGACCUGCGAGAUACGAACUGACUGGACUUGGCCGGAGGAUCCUACAGACUUGUGGCACGAGGCGUCGCCAAGGAUAGUCGGUGACAGGUUCCUCCUCCGCAAGAAGACGUAUGUCCCGAUCUGGACCUCGGUCGCGGCAGUCAACGUCUGCCCGCACGCGAUACUUGUUUCGGCCGGUGGCCACGGUAUGAUCCCGUUUCUUGCGGAUCGGUUCUGCAACCCCGAGUACGUCAGAGACGAGUUCGAGCGGGCGCUCCGCAAUCUCGGGCGGGAGGUCUCCGGACAUUGCAACUACUGCCCCACGGACUACAGUGUCGUGGCCUCGGUCGACGAGUGUACCGUCACGGCUUGGUAUGAUUUCGGAUCGUACGAGCUCGUGAGGUACUACAUGUGGAUGACGCACUGCGAGUCCCCCUCGCAUUGGCUUCUCAACUUGGAUAAGCUAGCAAUACGCCACGUCCCUGGCAGUGUUCGGGAGCUGUAUUUCAGGGACUUGAAGGAAGAGGAGUAA